AUCCUUCUCUUUGUGUGUAGGAAAAUGUAUAUUUCAUGUGGUAAAAUUUUUUUUUCAUACUUUUGGGUGUCUUGCACGGAUUAAUUUGAUUUCCAUUAUUUCUCAUGGGGAAAAUUCAUUCGCAUAACGAUAAUUUCGCAUGACAAUGAGCUCUCAUGAACGGAUUAAUAUCGUUAUGCGGGGUUCCACUGUAUUACUAAGUCAGUAGUAAUUUAAUUUUUUGAGACAUUGAGAGCUGUAAUUGUACCAUUAAAAGGCUGCAAGUUGUGCAUCCUUGGUUUAAAGGAUGCUGUGUGUUUUGUAAGUAAAGGAAGAUGGGAAGUAAGUUGAAGGAGGCAGUAUAUAAAAUGUAUGUAGGUGAGUAUAGCUUAUUUUAACUCCUCUCACUGGUUCUAAAAUCACUUGCUUUACCAAUAAACUAUAUGUACACCAUAUUGAUCUUGUCUGUAUAUCCCAUGGAGGAUGACUGAGAGAGCUGUAUCUUUCAGUAUCACACACCUAUUAGUUUAAAAGUAAUGAGUACUUUUCCUUAUUAUCAUGAUAUUUGAUUAAAAAGUUGCACUAUACAAAACAUGAAUUAAUAAUGUAUACUUUCCAGCUCAGGAAAUAUUUCGUGAUGUGGGAAGAAUGUUGAAGGAAAGGCGAGAGAGUGAUGACCUCUACAACAUUUAUUCGUAUGCAGAUGAUGAUAUUGAAGAUCCUGCUUUGAAAAAUGAAGAGCUGAAUCAAAAGUUGACUGAAAAUGAAAGUAUAGCUAAGGAUAAACUAGACAAGAUUUUCCAGGAAUUUGUUGACAAAGAUGCAGCAGUGAGAGAAAGUAAUGAUGCAAAUUUAGGAAAAAAGAAAUUUUCUAAGAAAGAAAGUCAAGAAAAGAAAUUGGAUAAAAAUGACUUUGAGGGUGAUGGAGAAAAAAAGCAUAAUGGUGAAGAGCAAGAGACAGCCAAGGAAGACAUUGAGGGAAAGGAGGAGCAAGAUGUUGAUGAUGAUGCAGAUGAUGAUAUACUCGUGGAUGUUUAUGAUGAUGAUGAUGAAGAGGACGAUGAUGAAGAUGAUGAUAUUGAAGAAAUUUAUGAUGAUCAUGAAAAAGCAGAGAUGCAAAAUGCACAACAACAUAAUUUAAUGUAUGAUGAUGAUGUUAGCACUGAUGAUGACCUGAAGAAUGUGUUGGCUAGUGCAUGUUUUGAAGAGGAAAUAGAAUAUUCUGAAGAGGAUGUUCCAGUCAUUGACAGUGAGGACUUUGGAUGCUUUAACACUGAAGAAGAUAAUGAUAGCGAGGUAGUGUGCUUGGAUGAUGAUGAUAAUGAUGUAGAAGCAAAGAAUUUAGGGCAACCAACUUUGAAAAUCAGCUUGCCAUCAUCAAAUUCCACCCAUCCAGUAUCCAAUAUGAACAUUAAUAAUGAAAAGCGCAAAUUGGAAGACGUUUUGUCAGUUCCACAAAAAAGACCAUGUUUAGAGACUUCACAUCCUUGAUCGUCCAUCUUGUAGUGCACAACAAUUAUUUAUUUUGUAAAAUUAUAUUAUUAUUAUUAUUAUUAUUAUUAUUAUUUAUCAUUACAGAAAUAACUUGCACAUAGGGGAAUAAAACUUACGACGCCAUUUCAGUCUGACUUGGACCAUUAAUUAGUCACUUGUUAGUUCUCCUUUGUGUGGGUUAUGUGUGUAUUGUUCCAGUAAUGGUAUUGUGCCUUUUUAUUCAUUAUUUGUCAUUAGUUCACUAGAUUUGUGGUAAUUGUGAUAGCUGUAGUCUGGUAUGUAUAUUUCCUAUGUUUUAAUGAUGAAUAAUUAUGCUCUCCUGAAUUGUCUUGCUGGCCUAUCAAAAAACAUUUAAAAGCAGGCCCAUGUAUUACUAAAGUGGGCUGUGAGUCACAUUUGAUCAUAUAUUAGACAAGAAAUGUUUCAUCUCUGUAUUAUCACAAAAAACUGCUGAGUUUUACCCCCUUGCCUAUUUCGUUUUUUUUGGAUAUGCUGGGCUUUUAUUUAUAUUUUUCUGUGUAUUUAGUCUUUUUUUUUUUUUUUUUUUUUUUUAAUAAAAUUGAAUGCCAAUCUGUGACAUACCUUCCAAGUAAGGAUUUGAACAUAGGACUGCCAGGUUGCCUGCUCAUCACUAUUGCCACCACAUUACCUUACUUGCCAAAACAUUCUGUACUCAUAUUUGUGUUCAAUCCAGUUUUAAACUUAAUUUUAUUUUUGGUAAUAUUUGUAAAAUAUUAAGACAACCCAUGUGUCCCAAUUAGUAUUUAUGACUUUAAAUUAUAAUUUUGAACUAAUAAAAAUGUGACUUUU